CCCACUAGUCACCACCACCGCCACAGUCUAGAGCGCCUAGCAUUUCACCACGUACUACGAAUCUAGCUAGCUCCUCGAUCGCUCCUCUCAUGGCGUCCAGCUCGAGCGCGUUGAGGAUGCCCGCGGCGGUGUGCGCCGUGCUCGUCCUGCUGCUGCUGUCCGCCGUCUCGCGCUGCGAGGCCGACCUCCUGCAGGUAACGGUGGCCGGCGGCCGGAGAAUGCUGGCCGGUGGGAGCAAUGCCGCCGCCGCCUUCUCGCGGCCGACGGAGACGACUGCCGGGAGUAGCUCGUGGCGGGCAGCAGAUGGGAGGGCGACGGCGGCGAUGCCGUACUCUGAGUCGAAGAGGUCCAGCCCCGGCGGCCCGGACCCUCAGCACCACUAAUGAUCAAGUAAACUCGCCUUGUAAAGUAACUUGUGUCGGCUAAGGAUGCGCCGUAAGUUGGAAUCUAUGAGUCCCUCGACUUCGACUUCUAGAGAGUCAUAUACUAUCUUACUCUUUUCAUUAAUAAAUGACUCAACUUUGUAAUAACUUUAUAGAGAGUACUUAACACACAA